UUGAUUAUUUUAUUUUUUUCUAUUUGCAAGUUAUGUUUUAAAAUACAGAUGAACCUUACAUAAACCAUAAGCGCACUAUAUAUAUUAAUUGUAAUUUCUACAGACUUAUUAUCUAGUUAGAGAGCUAUUUCUCAUAUAAAGGUCAACCUAUUUUUGGUACAACAAAUGUGUUGUGGCCCCGACUCAAGUGUGUAGUUAGAAAAAAUUACGAGGCGAGGAGUUUACACUAACACUACGAUCGACCAGUGGUUAUGGCAGUUUUUGUAAAGAAAUUGAAUAAGCAGUGUGAGCUGGAAUACAGUACCGGGGCCUAACCUACCAACCAGAGAAGCACUCUCUCCACAACUACUAAGCUAAUUUCAAGACUGCACUAGGCUGAUUCUGUGGUGAAACCAAUGAAAUGUAGCAGGUUUUUACAUGCUUCAAACACAAGGCUGGUUGAAUUACAAAUUUGAAAGCAGUUAAAAUGAUGGAUGAUUAUGAUCCUGCAUGUCCUACUGAAGAAGACGAUAGUCAGGUAUCAGUUAUGGAAUUGGACCUUUCUCAAGUCCCACUUCCACCAUCAGCACCAGUACAGAAAAAAAACAGCAAAAGCAAAGCUAGGUCACCAUCGCCACAUGUUACUGCAAAAGAAGGGAACAAAAAAGGCAAGAGGAGGAAGAAAAAGAAAAGGCAUAGUUCAUCAAAAUAUCAGACGGAUGAAGAUGACGAUGUGCAAGAGACUGUAAUUUCUGAAGACUCAGAUGGUGCCCAGGCUGUUCAUGAACCAACAGUUUUACUUGUCAAGGAUACCAAAGCAAGUAUUAAGGUCCCUAUACAAGAACCAGAAGUCAGUGCCCCAGUUGCACAACUUUACAAAGAUGAUCCCCCUUUAGUGAGCCAGUCAACAAAGUCAACAGCUUCUGCUCAAGUGCCAGCAGGUAGCACACAAGCAGGAAAAUUACAGUUUAAGCUUGCCUCUGACCCUGGGUCAGGAAAGACUAAAGUACUGUUUCAACUGAAAAAAACCUUAAAACCUAAUGCGCUUAAGUCUGGCUCAGAUGAUGAAGACAAAGAAGAAGUGGUUGAGGAAGAAGCCAAACAAAUCAUUGAGAAAACAGCAGCAGGUGAAUUUGUCCCUACCAGGUUUAAGGUGUCUAAAAAACAUGAAAUGUUUCGUCCCAGCACAGUUGAAGCACUUGCCAAACCUGUCUUUGAUCCAGCAUUGGCUCUGGCGUCAGUCAUGUCAGCGGCAAGUCAGAUCUCAGCUGCUGUUUCAGCUUUAGAGGCAGCUGAGCUGAAGGAGAGAGAGGGGUCUGAUGAUGAGAAAGGUGAUGAUGACAGGAGAAAGGAUAGUGAUAAAGGUCUGAGGAGAAGUGAUAGACGGAGAAGUAGAAAAGAUAGCAGAGAAAGUGAGAGAGAUGAUAGCAGUUCCAGGUAUUCUAGAUACAAGAGCCGACAUGAUGAACGAGACUCUGACAGGAAUACUCGCUCUACAUCUUCCAGGCGUCAGAGAGAUGAUGACAGGCGCAAGUAUGAGGAGCAGAAACGCAGGGAUGAGAGCAGUGAUAGAAGGAGAUCUUCUAGAAUAAGGCAAGACCAAGAGGACAAGAAGAAUAAAGCUGGUGAUAGUAAGGAAUCUGUUGGCAGGAGAAAGUCAAAAGUUGAGGAAAACCCUUCCUCUGAUGCUACAAAGAACACACAAAGGAGAAGGAGCCACAGUACAGAAGAAAAAAGUCAGCCUUCUCCAAAAAGUUUGUCAAAAUCUGAAGAUGUCGCAUCUAAUGAAGAAAUCAAUGCUGAGGAGGCUGUCACUUCUGAAGACAGUAGUGCAAAAGAAGAUAAAAUUGAUAAUCAGAAGAUAAUGGAUGAAAAAAUACUCAAACCAGCUGAGGAGAUAGCAUCAGAUGAGAACAUUCUAGAACCAGUGGCUGUUGAGGGGAGUCAUUCACCUGAUGCUACAGGGCCUGAAGCAUCAAGUGCUGAACCUAGUAGUGUAGAGGUCAGUCAGCCCCAGGUGGAAGUGCAGCAUGAUUCCACACAGCUGAAAACAGAGACCAGCGAGUCUGAUGAGAAAAAACAUAUUCAGAAGAUUGUCAUUCGCAGAUCAACAGAAACCAAUGACUUUGAAAUUACCAGAAAUGAUUUGGCCAGGAAAUCAUCUGAUGAAGGAAAUGCAGAAUCCACUGCUGAUGAAUCCAAACAGCCAGUUGCUGAGAAACUAAAGCAGUCAACUAAUGCUUCAUCUGAGUCAGAUCACGAGAAGGAGACCAAAGUUGAUUCUGCAACACCUGUUAAGAGAAAACGAGGUAGACCUAGGAAAAUUAGCAACCAACCAGUUGGUAGGAGAAAAAAAUCUGACUCAGAGAGUAGCCACAAAGAGGAUGUACCCCAGAAACCCCCUUCUCCUGUGCCAGCCAAAGUUGCCUCUCCCAAAGCUAAAUUUCCUGUGUAUGUACCAGAGCCAGCAUUACCACCAGAGCAGGUUCUGGUGGAUGUGUCUGCUAUUCCAGGAAAAAGUAAAUGGGAAAUGGAUGAAGAGGAUGAAAUGGAGGAGACAGUUAAACGCACCAGUUCUAGAUUUGGCGGCUAUGCUGCAGAUGUUGCGCCAGUUAAAACCUACGAGCCCCCUGAGUCAACCUGGAGAAGAUCUUCCCGGCACCAGGCAAAGAAAGUUGAUAAACCAAUGCCAAUAUCCAAGAUGAGGGAAAGCAGCAGUACAGGCAAUGAAGAUGAUCAUUCACUAGAUCAUGGUAAGCACAAGAAGAAACACAAUCAUAAAAGCAGGGAGAAGAAAGGAAAGAAAAAGAAGAAACAUGACGACAAGGAAGGUCAUCGUGAAGAGAAGGAAGAAGAAGAGAAGCCCUCUAGUGGUGGACUAAACUCAUCCAGUGAGAAAGUUGGGUCUGAGCAGAAGAAGAAAGAAGAAAGUAUUAAGACCAAAGUAGAUCUAGACACUGCUAAACUGGUGACUUAUUUAAAGGAAUAUAGUGGGAAAGAGGAGUCCAAGGGGAAAGAAGAUGUAACAAAAGUAAAAGUUGAGCAUGACAACUCUAAAAUUGUCAGCUAUCUCAAGGAGUAUAGUGGUAAAAUGACGGAGGAGACGGUAGUGGACCAGCUUGAAGAUGUGAAGCAGGAAAAUGUUUCCUUAAACACUGAGGAAAGUGUCAACACUGAAAAAGCAAGGGAGGGGAGAUCAUCCCCAGUGGAUGGUAGGCAGAGUGCAACACUAAAAUCAGAAUCUAAAGAAAGUAGCAGAGAAAAUAGUAUAGAUAAAGCAUCUAUGAGCAAGGCAAAAGGAAGAUCAAAUAGCCCUGAGAAAGGCAGAGAUAGGCGGGAUAGGUCUAAGUCAUCUGAAGAUAACAAAGAAAAAACUGAUGCUUCUAAAACAUCUGAGAGGAAUAGAGAAAGAAGGGAUAGGUCUAAGUCAUCUGAAAGGAGUAGGGAAAAGAGGGAUAGGUCAAAUUCAGCGGAUAGGAAAAGAGAAAAAACUGAUGGUACUAAACUAUCUGACAGGAAUAGAGAAAGAAGGGAUAGGUCUAAAUCUUCGGAGAGAACCAGAGAAAAAAGGGAUAGGUCUAAAUCUUCUGAGAGAACCAGAGAAAAAAGGGAUAGGUCUAAAUCUUUGGAGAGAACCAGAGAAAAAAGGGAUAGGUCUAAGUCAGUAGAAAGAGAUCGAAGAAGAAGUCAACGAUCGCCUGAUCGAAGAUUUGGCAGGUCUCCAUAUUGGAGAUCCAGGAAUAGGAGAAAUAGGUCCAAGUCUACAUCCCCAGACAGGAGAAACAGGUCAAAAUCCACAUCCCCUCAUAGAAAUGACAGGAGAAACAGGUCAAAAUCCACAUCCCCUCAUAGAAAUGACAGGAGAAACAGGUCACGAUCCAAAUCCCCAGACAAAGGGUACUCCUACAGAAGGUACCAAGGCUCAAGUAGAGAUUAUGGGCGUAGUGGAAGAAAGGCUUGGGAUAGAAGGCGGCGAUCUAGGUCUGGUUCAUCUGGGAGCAGUAAUGAACGUAAAAGACGUAAGGGUAGUGAAGAAAAGUCCCGCAAGGACAAGAGUCCAGAAAUGAAAGAAGAAACCAUAGCAGUCAAGCCAUCAGAGGGUAGCCAAAACUCAGAGGCCAGUGCUAGCAAGGAACCAGAGCUCAUCUAUCCAGAGAUUGACUUCUCAGCCAUUGACCUUGCUUCUAUACCAAUACCUGGGGAAAUCCCAUUGCCCAUUAAAAAAGAAGCAGACAAAGAGUCAGUUAUUAAAGAAGCAGAAGUUAAGCCUAUUGUCUUAGAAGACUUAAUUGUUGAUGAGCCAAUGGAGAUUUCUGAUGACGAUGAUGCAUCAAAUGGUAUAGAGAUUGUUAAAGAUAAAGUAUUUGAUGAUGUGCAGAACAAAUCCACCACUGAUUUACUGAGUACUUCAACUCUUUCCAUUGUGGAGAGUGCAUCCACACCUGAUUCUGGUAAAGACAAGCAAGUCAAAUUUUCUAUUUUGGGUUCAGCUAAAAAGUUGAAGCAAACAGUUAUAUCUGGGGUGCUUGAUGAUGGUGUAGAACACCGUACACAUAGGAUGAGCUUGAGUAUCUUGACUGAGAAGAAAACAGUGGUUGAAAAUGUACCAGAUGUACCAAAAGCUGAGGCGUCAGGAAAUGUAGAGGUACCCAAAGAGGAAGUUGUGCCUACAGAAGUUAAAGAAACUGAGCCAGCUCAGGAAGCUGUUCAAGUGACUGAAGGCUUGAAACCCAGUGUAGUUGAGAGUGGUGAUGAUGAGCUUAGCAAGCCUAAAGCUAAGGAAGUGGAGCUGAAGCCUAAUGUACCACCUGGGAAGUUGAAGUUCAAGUAUGUUCCUUUAUGGGAAAUGGAAGAGAGUGAAAAAAGGCCGGUCAUAGAAGAGUUACCUAAGAAGGAAGAGAAGAAUCUUAGUUUAGCUUUAGACUAUGGAAGUGAAAGUUCUGACAUAGAAGAUGAGGAGAGAUCCCCAAUGAAAAAGAAAGUACCAGAUAGGAGUGAAGAUGUCAGUACAGCUCAAGUUGUAGAGGAGGGUGUCAGCAGUACUGAGGUGACACAGGUAGAAACUACUUCAGGGACUUUAGACGUCAGUGAGAAAGGAAAGGUCAAGGAAGAAGAACAGUCAAUGCCUGUUGUAAAAAACGUUGAGCUGGUUGAAGAUAAAGCUGAACCAGAAGAAUCAUCACCAGUGCAGUCACCACCACAAGAGACAGCAUCAGAAGAGACAACACCAGUAGAAUCAUCCAUGCAAUCACCACCUGAAGAGGCAUUACCAAUAAAAUCACCACCAGCGCAAUCACCACCAGAAGAGACACCACCAGAAGAAUCGUCACCAGCACAACACAACCAAAGUGAUGAAGCCUACUCUCCAUCCCAUCCCUCUCUAGAAGAUUCUGAUGACAUUGUGCCACUUCCUAGUCCCAAAACUAAGCCCAGUGUUGUGGAGAAAACUAGUUCCAUACAACCCUCAGGCCCUGCCAUAUUGAGCUCUUUACCUGUUCCUUCAAUAACAAGUUUCUCUCAAACUUGUGUACCACCUGCCACAGUAAUGGUUACAGCCCCAUUCACAUCAGCCAUUCCACCAGUCAUCUCUUCCCUUAUUGGUACCAAACCAACUGUAGAUUUGCCCUAUGUUGCAUAUCCUCAUAUCCCACAACCUGGUAUGAUUGGAUCUACACAAAGUGCAUUACUUAACAUACAGCCUGUCCCUCCACCAUCAGUACCACUGCCAAGUCUUCAGUCAUCUAUUGGAACACCAAUCAUUGCUCCAGUCCCUCCACCAUCAAUAUCACUGCCAAGUCUACAGGUGUCACAUUGUGCACCAGUCAUUGCCCCAGUGCCACCUCCAUCAAUAUCACUGCCAAGCCUGCAAGUGGCACCAAUCAUCGCCCCAGUCCCACCACCUUCUGUCCUGGGCACCCCAGCAGUCAUACAACCAGCGCUGACAGCAGAAGCCUUCAAGCCUGUAACGUACCCAACUGUGCCGUUGCCCCUAACAACACCCAAACCUGUCCCUCCACCAGCAGGGCAGUUAACAUGGGCCAGUUCAAUCAGCUCUGUUUUAACACAGCCACUUCCUACAACAACCUCCCAGAGUCUAUUGGGGUUUCAGGCGCUUCCAGCCUUGAGAGGCCUAGCUCCUGUGACAGUAGCUCCAGUACCUCCCCCAGGGAUUGCCCCACUGCAUACCAUACCACUACCAGCAGUCACCCAGCCCAUGCCUGUUCCACCUGUUACCCAGGCACCAGAUGCAGAAAACAGCCCUGUCCCUGUACAGCCAGUCAAAUACAGAAUCAGUGGAUUCGACCAGGGUCCUAUAGCAGCUCUUCCACCUCCAGCUGUCUCCAUACCAACUCUACUAUCUGUGUCGCAGCCUUCCUCCACUGAUGCUAAUGUUGUUCAUUCAACCCAAGGAUCUCACCCCUUGUCGUCAUCAGUUACUGAGGGUAAAGCUCCAUCCACACCAGUUGUAUUGAAAUCUUCUCCAGCACUUCCACCCAGAGUUUCAUCUGGUGUUUCUAAACGCCCUAAAAUAUCAUCCAUCUUAUCACAGCCAAAAAUAGAAGACCCUGAACUUCUAGAAAAACUAAGUAAACACGAAGUUGUAAAAUGUCCACUGCCAUCCACAUGUGAAACUGCUGAUCAAAGUUCUACAGCACAGUCAGCUAAAGAAGAUACUAAAACCAAUGCAGUGGCAACAGAUAAACCAGACAUGAAACCAGCAGACACAGAAGCUGUUAGCAGCCAGCCUGAAGGCUCUGCUCAAGCUUCUCCAUCAGUUGAAACCUCCACUGUAGUAGCCCAGGACAUAGACUUUGAUAUGACCAGUAUUCCACUGCCUGAAAGUAUACCUCUGCCAGGUAGUCCUAUGCCACAAGAGCCAGCCAAGAAGGAACCUGAGUCAGGUUCUCCCCACAAGUCAUCUGAACCUUCUGUUUAUCCAGAUUCAAGCUCAGCCAUUUCACCCAAGAGUCAAACGCUAGGUUCAUUGUUGGCUGAUAGGAAGAAAAGGUUUUCACAGUCCCCAUUGGCUAUUGGAAUGUUACCCAAAGUACCCCUCACUCAGUCUCCACUUGCUAUUGGUCCAUUACCAAAAUUACCUCCAGAGCCGGAGAGUUUAAACACAGAUGUAAGCACAAGUGGGAAGAAGAGUUCAUUGGGGUCUGAUGUCAAAUCUAAACCUUUAAUAUCCCUUGGUGUAAAAUCAAAGACACCUCAGUUGGAUAAAGAAGAGCCAAAGUCAACAGCAUCUAGCUCAUCAAGGAUACACAUUGUUCUUAAAAGUAAAUCAGCUCUGCAGAAAACUUCAGUUCCAGGCUUUGAAGAUGAAGGUAGUGAUAAUGAGAAUGCUUCUGAAGAACAACAUACUGAGCCAGCUUCUGAUGUGGACAGUAGCAUUCUAUCUACAUGUGGUGAAGAGAAGGCUGAGCAUCAAACAUCUGCCAUCAGUAGCAGUGAGCAAGGAAAUGAGCAGGAAGAAGCACCUGUACAAAGUCGACCAAAGAUCGUAAAUUUGACAGAUAUUGAGGCAUUCCCUGUGCAGGUGAUAACAAGCACUAGGAAAGAAGAAGAUACUCCUGCAUCUUCUUGGCCGGAGUUUACUGUUGCUAAACGUGGGAGGGAGGACGAAGAUGGGAAGAAGAAACAAAGUGACUUAGAUGGGAAAGAAAGAAGCAAGAAACGAGACAGGAGAGGAAGUGAAGAGGAUGAAAAGAGAACUGACAGGAAAAGAAGAGCAAACAAUGACAGUGAUGAUGAGACUGACAGAAGAGAUCAUAGGAGAAGAAGGGAUGAUGGCAACAGAAAAAGAGAUGAUGAUUAUGAUGAAGACAUUAGGAGAAAAGUUAAAAAGGAACUAGAUGAUGAUGGUUAUGAAGAUCGCCGUGGAAGCAGAAAAGAUGAGAAAGGUGAUGACAGAGGGGGUAAAAGCAGACAAGAUAAAGAUGAUGAUAGUUAUGGAAGAAGACGAAGCAGAGAUGACAGCUAUAGUAAAAGGCGAGGGAAGGAUGAUGAUGAUGAGUAUAGAAGGAGGAGUCGCUAUGAUAAGGAUGAUUACAGGAAGAAGCAAAAGUAUGACAGUGGUAGGUACAGUGACAGCAGAAGUGGCAGGUAUUCUGAGCGAGAUAGAAGUAGAGAAAGGAGCAGAGACAGAGACCGUAGCCCUGAACAUGAUAGAGGGGACAAAAGUCGCAGUAAGUCAAGGACUUACAAAAGAAGCAGAAAAAGUAGAAGCAGAAGUCAGAGCCCGGUUAGAAAAAGAGAAAGAAGUAGGGAAAGAUAUGACAAGACUCGUGACAGUAGAAGCCGGAGUAAUAGUAGAGACAGAGAUAGAAAGUCUCGGGAUGAGAGAGGCUCUAGAAAGAAAGAUUCAAGAUCAUUUAAAGAGGAUCUUUUAGAAGAAUUUACAAAGUCAUCUAAUUCUACUGAUGUCCAAGAUGAACUGUUUAAAGUUGCUGCUAUAGGAUCAUCUUAUGUGUCUGAAUACCCACCUGACCAAGGGCACAUGUAUGCGACAGAACAAGAAUACUCCAGUAUGCCAGAACCAACCAUGUAUUCAGUUCCUCCCCCUGUUGUGGAUGUUCCUCCAGCAUAUCCUGAUCCAAAUUAUGCCAGCCAGUAUCAAACACCUUAUGAACAGCAGCAGUAUGGUCCAUGGCAAAGUCAGCCUAGUCAUGAUUCAUACAGUCAGGAUGCUACAGGUCAGUACCAGCCAUCAGACCAUCAGGCACCACCGCCUAAUCAGUAUCCAUUCCACCAGCAGCAACAUACACACUAUCCUCCUCCGCAGUCAUAUCAGGCAAGCCCAUAUCUUUCACAACCUGGUGUACCGCCACAAUCAUUACCACCGCCUCAUCUGCAACAUGCAAGCGGUGGACCUCCACCUCACAUUCCAUUAGACCAGCAUGGACAGCCCAUUCCAGGACACUACCCACCUGCUCAGCUGCCAGUCAUCCCUACCUACAACCAGGCUGGACCACAAACUCAUUUACAACCUCAAUUCACCCAAGAAAAUUGUCCACCACCACAUUUUGUUUCUUCAGACUCGCAGUUUAAAAUGCAUUCUGGAACCAUUCGAGGGUCACUACUUCCCCUUCCUUCUCGAGGUCCACUUUUACAAACACCGAUGGUUCCACGAAUAGUCAUGGAUAAUUCUUCCAGUUUUGGCACUCCCAGAUUCCCACCACCUGAUGUUAGGUCCUCACCUAAUAUGUCAAAACCACCUUCAAAAGUUCCCAGAAAACCCAGAGUCCCUGUUUUUGAUGACAGUUUAAAUAGUGAAACUUUUGCUCUCAAAGCUGUUGUGCCCACUUCCGACCUUACGAUGACAGGUUCAUUCACAACCACCAGUGCCAGAGGGGAAAUGAGAAAAUCUUCAACUGAACUAUCAUAUGAAAAAUCAUUAAACCCUGAACCAUCCUUUGAGACCUCAUCCCUGGCUGAAGCUGAAUUUGAUACAUCUGUUAAACAGGAAAGUAAAGGAAAAUCUAGAAAGAAGAGCAAUCUAGAAGAUGUUAAUGAACCUACAGUGUCUUCUUCUGGUGUGGAGGAUACAACUGGAGAUACAGGCAGUGAUUCAGGCACAGAUUCAUCACAGAAGCCUUUGAAGGUUAAAUCUAGAUGGCGCCGUAACAGUGAAGCUGAAGCAGUAGUUGAUACGUCUACGCCUCCUCAAGCAUCCACCCCACCCCCAUCAACCAGAGGCCCUACUAGCCCAGAUGCCUCACCCAAAGAAAUGAGGAGAACCAGAUCUAGAGCAGCAGCUGAGGAGUCUGGAUCUAAUCUGGAGACACCUCCCCCACCCCCACCACCUAGGAAAAGAAUUAAAAUGGAAAUGGAAUCAGAGGAGCUAAAAUUAAAUACUGAGCAAGACAUGAAGACUGAAUGCAUUAAGGAGGAGACUGAAGAGCCACAAGACUUGGCAACUCUUAUUAAGAGGCCAGAUUUUCCUAAAUUUGAAAUUAUUACAGAAAAUAUUCAUUUAACUGAAAGGAAAAGAUCCAAGAGCAUGAAGCGAAUGUUGUGUGACUGUACUACAUCUAGGGAGGACAGGGCCAUGGGACUUGAAGCUUGCGGUUCUGACUGUUUGAACAGGAUGCUAAUGAUAGAAUGUGGUUCAAGGUGUCCUUGUGGGGAGUACUGUAAGAAUCGGCGCUUCCAAAAGAAAAUUUACUCCAAAACUCUGCCAUUCUCUGCUGGAGACAAAGGCUGGGGAUUGCGUGCUGAAGAAGACAUGGAGGAAAAAGGUACUUUCAUUAUGGAAUAUGUUGGUGAACUUCUGGAUUAUGAAGAGUUUGUGAGACGGACAAAGCAGUACUCAAAGUCUGGGCUGAAGCAUCAUUACUUUAUGGCAUUAAAUGCAGAUGAGGUUGUGGAUGCCACACUUAAAGGCAGCAUCUCACGUUUCAUCAACCAUAGCUGUGACCCUAAUUGUGAAACGCAAAAGUGGACUGUCAAUGGAGAAUUGCGUGUUGGGUUCUUCACCAGGAAGCCAGUGAAGAAAGGAGAAGAAUUAACCUUUGAUUAUCAAUUUGAACAUUAUGGUGAACCACAGAAAUGUUAUUGUGGGUCUGAGAACUGUAGAGGAUAUAUAGGGCUUGUCAAGUCACCUACAAGGAACAAUAAGAAGAAAGAGAGGAAGAAGCGAGAAAUCUUUAAAGAUGAGUUGUUGGAAGAAGACAUAGAAAAACUUUCUAUGCUUGAGGGAAUGAGAAACAAGAAUCAUGUGCUGGAGUUGUGUCGACUUAUGGUUCGAGCAGAGAAAGUUCAACAAAGGAUUGCCAUUUUAAAAAUACUGCAGGGCACCACAGAAACAGCAUGCCUCAGACUAUUCCUAGACUACCAUGGUUUACCUUUAUUCUGGAGCUGGAUGGCAGAUAUUGGAACUGCAGAUUAUUCAGAAGACACUCAGGAAUUGAAGCUUCUGAUGCUUUCUGUUUUAAAAAGUCUACCCAUCACUAACAGAACUGUGUUAAAGGAAAGCAAGAUUUUAGACAUUGUAGAAAGGUGGGCUGUAGCUGCUGUAGCAGCAGCCAGGAAACCACCACCACCCCCACCACCUACAUCAACCACUACCACAAUCACAACUGCCUCAGUCCUACCCCCUGUGGCCAAUGAAUCUGUGGAACAAGAGGCUGCAAUGGCCAACAAUGAAGCUGAUGCUGCUGCUACUGCACCAGUAGACCCCAGUCCUGAAGAACCUUCUCUGCCAACAGCUGUAGUGUCUGAGCCGGAACAGUCCACCACUUCAUCUUCUGAAACAUCCCCACCAUCUUCACCGUCCCCCACCCUGCCUCUGCCUGUAAGCAAUGUGACCCCAGUGUCCAUCUUAGCAUCUGCCAAGGAAACUAAAGAAGCCAAACAGAAGCGUCGUGUGACAUUUGCUGAAGUGCAUGUGGAAACAUCUUUUUCACCUGAGCCAGAUGAGGACAUAGAAGACAAUGAUGACAUAUCAUCAUCCACACAAUACACUGAAGAUGGUGCUGAUGGUAAAGUUGUGCUACCUGGUGAGGCUACAGCUAUAGGAAGUAAUGGAGAUAAUGUUAUGGUAACCAGCUGCCUCCUGCCACAGUCUAGUAGUAUGGCAGACUCUACUAGUCAGAAGGAUGUGUUUGAUGCUGGGGACAAUGCAGGCAUGAGCAGUGAUACAGAUAACUCUGAUACAGAAUCUGUCAUUAAAGACCCACUAGCCUCCCUUGCAGCUGAAUGUAUGUCUCAAUGGAGCUCGCUUAAGGAAAUUUUCAAAAUCCCCAAGAAAGAAAGAGUUGAAGAAAGAAAACGUACAGAAAGAGAAUUGGGAAAUGCAAUUAUCCUUGAUGUGUUGUCUAAAAAACAACCUGAGGCAUCUGAUCCAUAUGCUAAAUGGAAAAGGGAGCUACCUAGAGGAUUUGUUCGUAAAAAGGUUGCAGAUGAUGAAAAAAGGAAGUCUUUGUUUCCCAAAAUGACAAAAGAAGAACGUCGUCAACGAUUUGAAGCUCAAGUGAAGGCAGAAGACGAACUUGCUGCCCAGGAGGAAUAUCAAAGACAACAGGAGGCUUACCUGCUGCAGCAGCAGCAGCUUAUGGAAGACCCUUCAUAUUUUUAUAAUUACCAGUUACAGCAGUCAGGUGAGUUUGUGGAUCCAAGUAUGAUUCCGCCUGAAACUCUAAUAGACCCAGUCACUGGCCAGCCUAUUCCACCAGAAGUCCUUAUUGAUCCACAAACUGGACAGCACUUUAUUGACCCUAGUACAGGCCAGCACAUUAUUGACCCUAACACUGGGCAGCCUUUGCUACAGAUUGACCCCAGUACAGGGCACCCAGUCGUCCAUCACACUAUAGACCCUCAAACAGGACAACCUAUAGUGCAUCAACAAAUUGAUCCAAAUACAGGUCAACCCAUUGGUCAUCAUCAGAUUGACCCACAAACUGGGCAGCCCAUAAUUCAUCAAAUUGACCCAAAUACAGGUCAACAUAUUGGUCAUCACCAAAUUGACCCACAGACUGGGCAGCCAAUAUUUCAUCAUCAGUCAGGUCAAGCUAUUGACCCACUGACUGGGCAGCCUGUCCACCACAUUGAUGCUCAUACUGGACAACCCUUAAUCCCCCAAAUAGAUCUCUCAACUGGACAAGCCAUUCAGCAGCUAGUCUCCCAUUCAGUGCAGCAAAUAGGCCCUUCAAUUGACCCUCUGACAGGCCAGCAUAUACCCCAGUCACUUCACCACUCCAUCAACCUGCAUGCUGGACCUGCAGUGGCACAAGAUGUUGACCCUCACACUGGACAGCUGAUACAGCACAACCCACUUGCCUAUCCAGCACCUUCAUUAGCACUCAGUCAUCAAACCACUUUUGCUAGUCAGCUGCCUUCUCAACACUUGCAAGCUACAACUUCAAGUACUGGACUGUCAGAGUUAGAUAUGGAGGAGGAGGUUCCACCACCUCCAUCCCCUCCUACUGUUCCUGUCACCAAACUACCCCCUAACUGGAAAACUGCUAAAGAUUCUGAAGGAAGAGUUUAUUAUUAUCAUGCCUUUACAAGACAAACACAGUGGGAGAUGCCAAACUGGGACGACAACGAUGAUGAUUCAAUUAAUGAUAUGGACUUAGAUCCUCUUCCCCCUGAAGAAAUUAUUAGGCAAAGCAAAAAGAAAACCACCACAGCAGCUGCAGAUACUUCAAGUGAAGUGGCACGUAAAAUUAAAGACAGCUUCCGUAUCAAAAUGUCUGAUCAUAUUAUACUUUACCUCAAUCCUUAUCGCAAGAAAGAUUGUAAGAUUGGAAGGAUAUCAUCAACAGAAGACUUCAAACAUUUAGCCAGAAAAUUGACACAUCAUGUAAUGUCAAAAGAACUGAAACACUGCAGGCAUGUAGAAGAUUUAGAGGUGAAUGAAAAUGUCAAAGCUAAAGCUAAGGACUAUGUACGCAAGUAUAUGAGCAAGUUUGGUGCUAAUUAUAGAAAAAGUUCAUCACCUCAGCCAGACUGAUGAUGGAAGGAUUUUAGUACUAGACAAUGUUGAUUUUUAAAUAGAAUGUCUGGCUUACAUAACCCACACUUGUGUCUGAUGUUGAUAGUGUGAGACAAAGUUUGACUGGUCUCACAACAUUUUACACAAGCCCUCACUUUUGUUAUUGUAUAACCAAAAUUUUGUUAUGAUACUAAAUCAUUUUUAUGAUUUAACUAUUUAAAACUGAAUUAAAAUUAGUGACAGAAUAGGGAAAACUGGUUGUUGAAUGUUUCACAAACUGAAAUAAUUUUUUGUCCAAUGUUGAACUUCAUCCUUCCUUAAUUAUAAUGAGCAAUGAAAAUUGAUCUACUACUAUUUCUUAUAAAAUUUAACUGAUUAGAAUGUGAAGUCAAUGUAAAUUAUUUUUAAUGUUUCUGAUAAACUAUUUAAUCAUAAAGUAAACAACUGCGUUCAUCCUCAAAACAAAUUAUUGGCUGACCUAACGAAGCCCUUGGCCAUAUUCUACCAUGGUCUCAGUUAAAAGUUUAUGAUACAGUUCAGUGCAAGUGUUCUUUGCUAGUUUACUUUUUAUCUAUGUAUUGUAUGGAAUAAAAUGUUACAUUUGUUUUGUAAUUGAUCUGUUAAUUUCUUUAAAAAUCUUCAUUUUUGUGUUUCUUCAAUGUUAGGUCAAUUCUUUAUGUUGAACCCUGUUGUCUAGGGUCAGUGUGCAAAAUGUUGUUUUACAUCUCAAGUAAGCUGUGUUUUAAGAAGUUUUUUUUACAUUCAUUAUAUGUGUAUCAGUGUUGUAUUUUCUGGGUUACAUAUAUGUGUAACCUGCAAUUCAUUAAGACCAACUGGUAUGUCUAGCUCAUUAUUGUGUUAUCCUAUUCUAAAAAUUAUACAUUCAAACGAUUAUACAAUUAAUUCCUAUUAGUGAAAACAAUUAGAGGCAGCUAGUUGUUUUUUCAUAAGUAGUAGGAAUCCAAAAAUAAUUUGUAUCUUUACUGAUUGUUAAAUAAAUAUGAGGACUUGCAUUAAAAUAUUUUAUGCCUUAUUUAAUUAUAUAUAGUAUUGCUGGCAAAUGAUACUUUAAAAAUACAGGUCAAAAAAGUAAACAGGGGACCAGUAAAUGGGACCAAACAUUCAAGUAAUGUAGUCAAGCAUUAUUAUACAAACACCUAAAAAUGAAAUAUAAAUUUUUUUCUCUGGGUGUCUUAUAUACAACUUUUAGUCUUGUUCAUUUGUCUUUGUUUUCUACACAUAUCACUCAUCACUUUUUCUGUAAAAGAAUAUUUUUGUUUGUUCCUUCGUGUACAUAUAGAUACUUUCAUUACAUCAAUGUUGAAUAACAGUGAUCUUUGUUUUUCAUUAUUUUUAAGAUUAGAUUUUUUUACUUCAAUAAUUGUCAAAUAAAACUUGAAACUAUUUGCUCAGUACCCACAGCAGUAGCUGACAUAGGCUAAUGUAAUCUAAACCACUACUUAGACUUUGUAACAGGUCAGGUUAGAUCAUUGCUGGGUUAUGUUUGGUCACUGAAUGAAAUCUGGCUGAGAAGACUUUUUUUCUGUUGCUUUAUUUUUGUGAGUAUUGGAAUGGUUUUGCGUGUUUUUAAAAAAAAAAUUUGUAAGUAAUUGCAUGUGUAGUUUUAUUUUUAAUUGGGAAUAUUGUAUGCAUACAUUUUUCUUGUUUCUUCCCUGUUGUAUAUAUUUUUAAAUACCAUCAUUAAAGAAUUGUAACAAUUAUUUUUAACCAUUAUAUUGCAUUAUUUGUAUGUAUGUUAAUGAAAAAAUGUGAUUUUUAAAAGAAAUAAAGAA